UAAGUACAUAAAUCAGGCGCCGGGGCUGGUGUGAAGCGGCGGACUGGCAGCAGACAGCGCGCACACAUGCUCUUCACUCCGCCGCGGCUCGUCGCUGCCACUGCAGCCGCUGCAGCUCCGCACACCGGCGGCUCUUCUCCAGCACUCGGAGGCAGAAUGGCGUGAGACCAGACACCACGGACUCGUCUCUUACGGCCGAUGCGCGAUGGUGUUCUGACUGUCUGCCUGUCUGUGUGUGCGUCCGUGCGUCUUGCAGCGAGAUUACUGCAGUGCUGUUUUUCCAGGUAUUGUGGCGCGCGUGUGUGUGAGAGUGAGUGAGUGUGUGCAUGGUGGUUCUCGAAUUGGACUAAGCCGGGAGUCUGAUGUCACAUGUGCUUCAUCGGAAGAGACGGGGCAUCUGCAAGCGGGAUUUUGUGGAGGAUGCUGCGGCAAGUGAUACACAGAGGGCUCAAGGCUUCGUUCUACUGGCUGGGCUUAUUCGUUAGCAGGCACCCCGUUUUUUUCCUCACCGUCCCCGCGGUGCUCACCAUCAUUUUCGGAUCUACCGUGCUGAGCAGAUUCAAGCCGGAGACGGACCUGGAGGUGCUGGUUGCCCCGACGCACAGCCUGGCCAAGAUCGAGCGGAGUCUCGCCAACAGCCUGUUUCCCAUCGACCAGUCGAAGCACAAGCUGUACUCGGAUUUGCACACCCCGGGCAGAUAUGGCAGGCUGAUCCUGCUGGCCAAGUCCGGGGGGAACAUCCUGGAGCUGGCCGACCAGGUCCUGCAGGUCCACAAGCAGGUGUUGGAUUUGCACGUGAAUUACAAGGGAUUCAAUUACACGUUCGCGCACCUCUGUGUGCUGAGCCACCGGGACAAGCGCUGCCUCUUGGAUGAUAUCAUCACCAUCUUCGAAGAUAUCAGGCAGGCUGUGCUCUCCAACAGCACUUUCCAUAAGGUGCCCGUGAGCUAUCCAAACACAACGCUAAAG